GGUCCCCAGGACCCAGGAGGAACCUUUCCUAGGUCCUGCCUCCCAUACUUUGUCCAACAUGUCCACUCCUCGCGUGAACACGACCACAUCCUGGUGGCCCGGGAUGGCGCCAGUAGCACCUUUGGAAGGACCCAAUAUAACUGCAGCCGUACCCUCUGCAAGGAGCACAGUCCAGGCAAUUGCACCCCUCUGCACUGCCUGCUGCUGCAGCCUGCUCAGCCGCACCCUCACCGUGGUGUUCAUGGUCAGCCUGGCAUUCGCCAUCGUUGCCGGAAAUCUCAUCACCCUCAUAGUGUUCAUGCAGACGCGACAGUUUCGUACGCCGCAGGGGUAUCUGAAAGUGUCCCUGGCCGUGGCAGAUGUGAUGGUGGGCAUGCUUGUGGUUCCCUUCUCCAUCUUCACUGAGGUCUCCCUCAUGGUGACCAACGCACCACCCCCAUGGUUCCAGGCGACGUCCUCAGGGUCAGCUGGAGGGCUGCAACUGCCAUGGCAACCCUGCAAGCUGAUCGGGCCCGUGUUCGCCGGCUGCACCUUUGUGUCCAUCAGCACCAUCUUCCUGCUGACGGUGGAGCGCAGCGUGGCAAUCCUGCGACCGCUGCACAAGGACGCGCUGGUGACUCGGCGACGCACGCUGCUCCUCAUUCUGCUGUCCUGGGGGGGCAGCUUCCUGCUGGCCCUGGCACCGCUGUGCCUCAGUGACAGCUUCACGCUGGAGUACAACGAGUGCAGCCGCAUGUGCAACUAUGCCCCUCUGCAGGACGUGGCCGGGCCUCACGCCGAUGGCAGCGUCCUGCUGCUCUUCCCCGCCUUCGACUUCACGCUGCUGGGUGGGACACUGGCCGUGAAUAUCCUGUCCUUCAGCAGCAUCCGCCGCUGCACCCGCAAGCGCAAGCUGCUGUCGGAGGGCAGCCUAGGGGCGGAGGGCCUUGGGAAUGGGAGUGUGGCCGGAGGCGGUGCCACUGCCAGCUGCCCCACCCACAGGCCCUCCUUCUCGGACAUCAAGGCAGCCAAGACCAUCGGCGUCCUGACCUUCGCGUUCGCUGCCUCCUUCUCACCCAUCGCUGUCUUCGUGCUGGGAAACGUGGUGGGCCACGCAUGGUGCAACUUCUCCUUCUUCGCCUUCUGGAUGCUGACAGCCAACAGCUGCUGCAACGUGAUCAUCUACAGCGUGCGAGACCAGCGCUUCCGCAAAGGGGUCGGCCUGCUCUUUCACAGGGACCGAACUCCUCCGCACGGGGACAAGAGCUGAGCCCGCCUGCAGUCAAUAGCAUCUUUUCUCAGUUGUGACCCAUUCCAAGGAUGCCAUGCUCUUCUGAGGGCUUCGCUCCAGAGGACUUAUUUCCCAGGGACCAUUGUGUGUUUUCAGAAUGAAUGAGAGCAGCCCUUGUAAUGCAACCACUCACCUGGUUCUGCAUGUCUUCAGAUCAGAGCUGCCUCAUGGUGGGGGGUUAAAAAAAAAAAACCUGGCUAGAUUCUCAUCAGAAAAUCUAACCUGAAGACUUUCCCCACAUGUGCUAAACUCACCUAUCGAGGACUCACAUCGUCACAUAAUUUAUGAUAAUCUAAGUGAGCUAAAUCAGCUCACCCUUGUGCACAGAGACCCACUAUGUAAUUAUUCAUUUGGAGUCAAAACCUAUAGAUUGUUUUGGUAUAUAUGGGCAAAAAAAGUAGUUAGAAAUUUUACAUGGAUUGCUUCAUUGUUAUCUAAUUACAGUUAAUUUAAGAGAUUUUUUUUAAAAUAAAAGUGUUCAAGUGAUUUUGUUCAGGUGACUGCCAGUGUUUGCCUUAUAUCGCAGCAUCCUGGACGCCAUAUGUUUUUAUUUAUAGUAAACAUUUCAGGUAAAGUUAAGGGCAACUUCAAGGGCUUA